CGCAGCGGCCGGGCGCCGUGCCGCUCCCAGCGGGCCUCCUGGGCACCCAGCCACCGCGCCGCCCCCUCCACGCCAUGGAGCCCGAGCUGGAGGCCCAGGAGCAGAGCCGGCCGCGGAGGCGAAGCCGCAGGGCCUCGGGUCUCAACGCCGGCGGCGCCGCGGAGCCAGCGGCCGACACCCCCGGGUCCGGCCAGGACGGCAGAUACUCCCUUCGGAGAGGUAGCUCCUUCACAUUUUUAACACCUGGCCCCCAUUGGGAUUUCACUUUGAAAAGAAAACGAAGAGAGAAAGAUGAUGAUGUCGUAAGCCUUAGCAGCCUUGAUCUGAAGGAACCAAGCAAUAAAAGAGUGCGACCUCUAGCUCGGGUCACAUCCUUGGCAAAUCUAAUCUCUCCUGUAAGAAAUGGAGCUGUCAGGCGGUUUGGUCAAACAUUACAGUCAUUUACCCUUCGUGGUGACAGCAGAUCCCCAGCUUCAGCCCAAAAGUUUUCUAGCAGGUCGACAGUCCCAGUGCCUGCCAAGAGGAGAAGCAGCGCCCUGUGGUCGGAGACGUUAGACGGCAGCAUGAAGCAGUCUCUAACCUCCAGGGAGAUCAGACGUCAAGAGGCAAUCUAUGAAAUGUCCCGAGGGGAACAGGACUUAAUUGAGGACCUCAAACUUGCAAGAAAGGCCUACCACGACCCCAUGUUAAAGCUGUCUAUUAUGUCAGAAGAGGAGCUCACACAUAUAUUUGGUGAUUUGGAUGCUUAUAUACCUCUGCAUGAAGAUUUGUUGGCAAGAAUAGGAGAAGCCACCAAGCCUGGCGGGACAGUGGAGCACGUUGGCCACAUUCUUGUGAACUGGUUGCCGGGCUUGAAUGCCUACAAAGGCUACUGCAGUAACCAGCUGGCAGCCAAGGCUCUUCUGGAUCAGAAGAAACAGGACCCAAGAGUCCAGGACUUUCUCCAACGGUGCCUGGAGUCUCCCUUCAGCCGAAAACUGGAUCUCUGGAGCUUCCUGGAUAUUCCUCGAAGCCGCCUUGUCAAAUACCCUUUACUGUUGAAAGAGAUUCUUAGACAUACUCCCAAAGACCACCCAGAUGUUCAGCUCCUGCAGGAGGCUAUACUGAUAAUACAAGGAGUUCUCUCUGAUAUCAACGUGAAGAAAGGUGAAUCAGAAUGCCAAUAUUACAUUGACAAGCUGGAGUAUCUGGAUGAAAAGCAGAAGGACCCUAGAAUUGAAGCAAGCAAAGUGUUGCUCUGCCAUGGGGAACUGAAAAAUAAAAACGGACACAAACUGUACAUUUUCCUAUUUCAAGACAUCUUGGUGUUGACUCGGCCUGUUACUCGAAAUGAGCGUCACUCCUACCAGGUUUACCGGCAGCCCAUCCCUGUCCAGGAGCUAGUCUUGGAAGACCUGCAGGAUGGAGACGUGAGGAUGGGAGGGUCCUUCCGAGGGGCUUUUGGCAACUCAGAUAAAGCUAAAAACAUCUUCCGAGUUCGCUUCCAAGACCCCUCUCCGGGCCAGUCCCACACUCUCCAAGCCAACGACGUGUUCCACAAGCAGCAGUGGUUCAGCUGCAUCCGCACUGCCAUCGCCCCUUUCCAACAGGCCACCAGCCCCUCGGAGUUCCACGAGGAGUGCGGGGAGAACCCCACCACCACCAGCAAUGCUAGGGCCCAGAGACAGGCGUCCACGGCCUCUAGCAUGACUCAGGGCGAAGCUGAUGGAGACACUGCCGAGUGUGGCGCCCCGGUUCAUACAGCAGACAACACUAUGGGCAUAAAAGCACCCCGAGCCCAGACCAGCCUCCGCAAAGCCAGGGACAAAGCCCAGGUCGGUGGCAAGCGGAAGGAGACCCUGGUGUAAAGGAAGCUCUGGCUAGCAGCUGGGAGAGACUUUAUUUAUGACCUUGUACAGUUUUUCUUUCUGUCCUAUGAGCACGGCAGCGUUACUUAGUACCGUCUCAUGUCUUCUGUGUGUGUGGUUGGUUUUGGUUGUUGUUCUUUUAUUUUUUUUAAUGGCAGCUAAAGAUAUAUAUACAGAUUACUGUUAAACUGCAGUUUUUUGUUUUUGUUUUUUUCCUUUUCAGAUCAUUUAGAACAUGCAAACCUGGUAUUUUUAAUCAAAUGAAAUACUUAACGGGUAUUCUCAUUCUGCAUUUAUCAUGACUUUUUAAUACCAAUUGUGAUACUUACAGUAUUUGCCAAAACUUAAAAUUUUGCAAAUACCAGGAUUUUACCAGUGUUUCUUUGAUGAACUUUGCAUGCAGAAUUUGAAAUUGUAACAUUGGCAUCUAAGAUCUACUUGGAAUGUCUGUAAUAUUUCAAAAUUUACAUUGAAACAUAAGUUCCUUGGAAAACAAACAAAACUUAAUAGGUUUUCCAUUUUGCCAACUGGAAUGCUUUUUAUUAGUUUGUUUUUCACUGCACAUUCCUCAUUUUUCAUUGAUUUAACCUGCCGAUUAUUUAAUUUUUUUUAUUGUAAAGUAGUUUUUAGUAUUUCCUUUUUAUUUUUUUACUUUGAUCCCUUUUCAAAUUGGCAUGUCUUUAAAGUAUUUUUCUCCCUUGAUUAAAAAUGUGUGUGUGUGUGUUUUUUUAAAUCAUAUUAACUUUACCAAGUGAAAUCAAGCCAUACUGUUUUUGAGCCAAUUAAGAAAAUUGCGAUUUUUAAAAUGUAGUGUUUCAGGGUGGUGGACACACAUGAAAUGACUCAGUGUGUUCUGAACUACUGAAAGAAAACCAUCUUAAGGAUUUCAUGGAAAGUUAAUAUUCUCUGAAAAGCAAGAGGGAAGGCAGUUGACUGGUAAUAGGUAUUUUUUUUAAAAAAACAGAUGGAAAAAGAGUGUAGUUUUGUCUUAAAGUAAAAAUGUCUGCUUGUGCCAGACAUUUCUGAGAAGAGAUAGUAAAAGCUGAAGUCGAGAGUAUGUAGUAAGUCGUAGAAGGCUUGGGGGAUGUGAACUGUGUUUGCCUUGAUUUACAGUACUUGCAAAUAAGGGGUUUGAAAAGAAAUGUGUUGAAAAUUUGACCAUAUUAGAUGCAUUCUGGCAGAUUUAUUCGUUAAGAGGGGAAAAGAGAUUGAUGUUUUACGCUGAAAUGUUUCUGUUCAAAUGCAAUCAUUGUCUUAGAUGGGGGAGGACUGAAAACCCAUGUCGUGGAAGAUUUGUUAUGGUGACCGUUCCAGUAAACGUGGACUGUUAUGUGAACUGUAUCUGGCCAGUGGAAAUGAAAACUGAAAAAGACUGUAAAUAAUUAAUUCCAAAUGAUUUCUCUGUAUAAAUGAAUUGUACAAUUAAAAAAAGAGUCACACCCAUAAUCACCCUAAA